AAUUAUAAUUAUUUCUCAUAAUAAAAUUAGAGCAAUAUCAGCACCUGGCCUUAUAGCAAGAGUUCAUUAUAGGAUGAAUAAUGAACUCUUGGCUACAAGAAUGAGAAUGUUCCCCUCAAGGUUAUUUCUCUGCUGUCUGCUGGGAAGUGCUUCUCUUGUGUAUGGACAGCAGGCUUUGAUUCGACUGGCAGCAUCCAAUGAGGACUCUCCUGCUGACCACACUGGAGAGAUCAUCUCAUUCUCUGAUGUUGGAUCAGGAGCUAGUGGUCCAACACGCCCCUGGCUUUGCUACACCGAAGACACUGGUAGUGUAUUGUGGCUGUUCCCCAAUGGGAGUGCAUUGCAAUUUGAAAAUAGAGUGUUGGCAGUUCAGGAUGAAGUGUUCAUCAGAGAUCUUCCUGGUUUUGGCGUUGCUCUGUAUCGUGGUCCCACACGCUUCAGUCCUGAUGGAGAACACUGCUGUGUGAGGACUAACACAGCACUGAGGAUAUGUGUCACCUUCACUCCCUGCCCCACACUGAGUCCACUGUCUAAUGGAACAAUCUCAUACAAUGCAACCACCAACAUGGCCACCUACACCUGUAACACUGGGUACACCAUCAGUGGAGCUACUCCGAUAACUUGUAUGAGUACUGGUACUACUAGUGCUGGUACCUGGUCUCCAACACCACCAUCAGUCAUUUGUACAAUCGUCACCUGCCCUGUCCUAACCUCCCCUACCAAUGGAGCCUUGUCUAUCCCUAGUCGGGACUACCUCACUGUUGUUACAUACAGCUGUGAUACUGGCUACGUCCUCACUGGUAAUAGUGGUAGUGCUAGAACAUGUCAAGCUAAUGGUCAGUGGUCAGGAGAGGCACCAACAUUUACUUGUCCACCUGUUGACUGUGGUUCCCUGGACGCCCCCUCCAAUGGAGCAGUGGACACAUCCUCUGGAACCGCCUUCAUGAUGACUGCUACAUACACCUGUAACACUGGUUACACUCUCAGUGAAACUGUGACUAGAAGAUGUCAGGCUAGUGCAAUGUGGAGCCUCACUGCACCAACCUGUACUGCUUUGUGUUCUCGUGAUCCCCUCUCCAAUGGAAUGGUGGCCUACUCAUCAGAUGUUGACCCUCCACCAGUAGGAACACUGUCCACUUACUCUUGUGACACUGGCUAUGAACUGAGUGGUGCUAGUAUGAGGAAUUGUGUGGCUGUCAGUGGAUGGAGUACAUCUCUACCUGUUUGCAAUCCUGUUGACUGUGGUGUCCUCACUGACCCCUCUAAUGGAGCAGUGGACACAUCCUCUGGAACCACCUUCAUGAUGACUGCUACCUACACCUGUAACACUGGAUACACUUUGACUGGAGCAAACACUCGGACUUGUGGUAUUGAUGGACAGUGGACUCCAGACGCUCCAACCUGUUUACAGCUCCUAGCUGUGAUCAGCCCCAGUGGUGGUCCAAUGGCUGGUCAGAGUUUCUCCCUCACUUGUUCCCUAAGUAGAGGGGCCUCUCUACAACCCACCCUCUCCUACCAGUGGACGAGGGAGGGAGGGUCACUCAUGACCAGCACAGCAACCCUCAACUUUGACACUCUCUACUUGUCAGACGCUGGUCAGUACAGCUGUCAGGUCAUCCUUACCUCCAGUCAGCUUGAGGGGGGACACACUGUAGCUGCUCACUACACCAUUGAGUUCAGGACGCUCAACAUUCAACUUCGUUUGGAUGGAAUAACAAACUGUGAGCUGUAUAUUGACUUAGAGACAAUGGCCAAAGCCAGUGAUAUCACUACCAGACUAUCUCAAGGUGUUGAAGGAUUGUGUGCUUGUGGGUUCAGCCCCUCCCUUCUCACUGACGAGUUUAUCGAUUGUUUUGACAUCUCCUCUAGUCAUGUGACCUACAGAGCUAUGCUGACUGGAACAGAGAGUGUAUCUGCUGUGGAAGUCAUUUCUUUAAUUGAACAAUGGAUCAGCGACACUUCAAGCAUCAUAGUACAAAGUACCCGACUUGGUUUGACAAACACUUGCCCUGUGGUGAUCACUGACAGAGACAGUCCAGAGUGCCCUGAGGACAUCACUAAUCGGACAACUGCUACUACCUCACCCACAGAGAGUGUAGUGGUCAAUGUUGGUGCAGUGGCUGGUUGGGUGGUUGCUGGAGUCUUGGCCAUUGCUGUGCUAGUACUGAUUGUAAUAGUGGUGCUGUUGUUACUAAGGCAACGGAGGUAUGGAUCCAAGGACAUGAGUGAUGAGAGGACAGGCAGCCAACCAACACAACUACCCCCAGUGGUGAUGAGUCAUCUCCCCUCCCAUGAUUACGAGGGGUUGAGCAAACUACAAGAGGAGGCUACCUAUGAGGUGGUGGACCAGCCACGCCCCCCUCCUCCUGCAGACUACCAGCUCUCAGCCUGUGCAGCUUAUGCAUCCACUGACUGCAACACAGAGAACAAGUAGACACUAUGAAAACACAGUCUAGUUUGUCAAUGUAUAUGUCACUGUUGUUUCAUGUAAUUUAGUAAGUUGUUAAAAUUAAUGUAUUGUAGAUCUAAGAUCAUUCAUUUCCUGUUAUAUAGCUUUGAUGAAUGUUCAUAUAAGAAUUUGCAUGGCUGGAAAAUAAACUA